AUGACGCAGGAGUGGGACGACGGCGAGGAUCGCCGCAAGCGGCUCUACGACGACCGCCGCGACCCCCCUCGUCCCUCCCCGGACGCCGCCCGUCGCGAGGAUGAGCUGCCGCGCGAGCUCCGGGACCGGGAGAGCCGCCGCUCGCAGGGCUUCGACGACCGCCGCGACCACCGCCGCUCCCCGGGCCGCUCCGAUGGGCGUGCUCGGUCCCGCUCCCCUCCGCCGGCGGCGGGCGACUGGCGCUCCUUGCGGCGGCGCUCUCCUUCCCCGCCCCGACGCCGGGAGCGCAGCCCAUCCCCUCCCCGCCCGGAUCCCUCCCACCCCGCGCUGUUGUGCCCGGACAAGCCUAUCGACGAGGAGUUGAUGAUGUACGGCCAUGGGAUCGAGGGGCUGGGGUUCUUCCACACCGAGCUCCCGGACGUCCCCUCCCCCUCCCUCUAG